AUGGCUGUCUGGCUCAAGCUCGAAUGUGCAAAGCAUCAAAUCAUCAAUACUAUCAAUGUUAUCAAUGUUAUCAAUGUUAAAGCUAUUCCUUGGAAGUGCGAGGAUUGUAAAGUUGGGUCUGCAAGGCAAUUGAAGCAGACUCUAGCUUUUGAUCAAGACUCGGGUCGUUCAAAACAUGGCAUACAAUCUUUGAAAGCCUUUCUCGACAGCUUCUCUGUAGAAGACGCCGAUAACUCAGCCCGAGUUAUCAUUCUUAAAGAAUACCUCGAAUCGCAAAAGCCCGCCGAUGAUGAGGAAAAAUCUGCUGUCUUCCUGUCUGAUAUUAUGCAGACAUGGAGCUUCGCAUCGCAGGCAAACGAUGAAUCUCUUCUCUCCGCUGUUCCAGCUGUAUUAGCACUGCUUUUGAAGACUUUAUCUAAUAUACUGGAGAUGGCUGAGCAUGGAUUGAGGUUAGGUAGAACGAUACUUCAGAAGCGUCAACUAGAACUGAUUGCACGGGGUCUUACUUCGAAUAAGAGCAAAGAGCACGUAAUUUCCCCAGUUCUGCGACUCCUUCGAGAAUUAUCGAUCUACGAUGGAGGAGCCUUGGCGAAGCAGGUUUUCCGAUCAAGAGACUACACUUUCAAGACCCUAGCACGAAAUCUCAGCUUAAAAUACACGGGAGAUGCAGUUGAAGAUCGCAGGAAACCUUCCGUCCGGACCAAUGCGCUUCGAUUCCUUCUUUCUAUCAUAAAGUUCCUUCCCACGGAUGCGAAACGCGAACUGCUCAAUCAAAGGGACAUUGUUAUGGGCUUGACGAGAGAUAUAAGAGACGAUCCUCCCUUUGUAAUACGUGACAUAUUGGAGACUUUGAAAUCUAGUGUUUUACUGGACGAUGCUCUACCGAGAGACGCCAAAUCGAAAAUUGUGAAUGCAACUUCUCUCGGACGGAUAGCAGCACUGUAUGUCUAUGACCAAGAGGAUGAAGAAGUCGAAAAAGGGAAGAAAGCGGUAGACGGGAUAGCACAUGACUUUCUCAUGCUCGCGUGCACAUCCUCAAAUCUAGGUGUUCUCAACCGUCAAAAUGGAUUCUAUCCUAGAGGAGUCGAUGCUGACGAAGGUCACGGUGUCGACGCAGACGUUGGCCAUAUUGACCUAGGACUAGAUAGUAUUGAGUGGAUGGAGCGCUUCACAGAAAAGGUUCCAGUGCGCAACACCAUACUAUCUGAAUUUAUCCAAAAUCUCCGGCCUUGGUCGAGCUUGAAACAGAGCGAGCUAUUACUGUCCAUUCUCGAAUCUGCUCCUGAGCUUAUUGCAAGUUACUUUUUUACUAAAAAAUCCUUUUCACUCGAUCCUAAACUCACCGCGACCUGGAUUGGAUACUCGGCCUUCGUCUUUUCUACUCUGCAACUUCCGAUUCCUAAAUAUUUUGGGCACCAAGAACGGUAUGCGAGACUGCCGCCACCUUCUUCUAUUGUUCUAGAGAGUAUAUUGCCUCAGCCAUUGACACAGAAGGUAUUCACACGUUGUCUAAAUCAACAACAUAAUCUAAUUGCCUUUUUUGCUAUACAAAUUCUUUCAGCUGCAUUCAACAAAAUACGUGGAAUUUUGAAAAUGUAUGAAGAAGCGGCGGCUGCAUCAUCAUCGAUAUGGACUCAGGCUGCUGAGAGGUUGACGGAUGAGUUUUGCCAACGUGUUCCUUCAAUCAAGGAUGUAAUCAACACGUUUCGGAAGUUGUCAGAUACGGAGUUGAUGCAAAGAGAAGCAAUUACUAAAUUGUUAGUUCUGUAUUAUGAAGUGGUACCACGUGUUGCUUUGGACGCCAAAUUUGACGUAUCAGAAACUCUCACGAAGGCAUUGCAAGCUAUCGAGAGGACUGGGUUAUCUAAAGAAGAUCGUGCAUUGCGAAUUAUGGAAUUGGAAAACUUGUUUCAAUUCUCCCAUUUUUCACCAGGAAUGCGUUGGUUCGUCAAAGCGGAGGGACUCUCAGUUUCUCCGUUCAUGGCCAUGCUGAAAUUGUCCGCAGAAGCACCUUCUGGAGUGCCUUUGCUCAAGCUAAGAUCCGUCCUUAGCUCAGUUGUCCAAGAAAACCAAAUCUUUCAAACUGAGACCACAGUCUCGGCGCUUGACACAUUUAUCGCCAGACUGAAGGAUGUUCAAGGCACACCUAACGACAAAGCGAUCUAUGAAUUCUUAGAUGACUGCGUCUCAAGAUGUGCUGCGAAGCCAAUCAAGUAUAUAUUUUCUCUUGAAGAACUUACUUCAAACCCCCGCGACACCGAAAAAGAGCAAUCUGCUAUAAGUUUAUUACUACUUUCUGUUGCAGAACAGUGGCCAUUUCUUGUCAAAACUGGAACAGAUGCUCUCAAAGAUGUAGCUGAUUUCAUCGCACGAUUUCUGGCAGCAUCGAUAAAGAUUGGCGAGGACAAAAGGACCAUAAAAUCCAUCACAAAAGCUAUGGUCGACGAGACGCCAGAGAAAUCAUCAGCCCGAAAGAUUUUGGAUAAAUCUCGAAAAUUGGUCGACGAAAUAGAAAUUCCGCAGCCACCGCGAACAGCCACUGGGAAGCUCGGUGCUGAAACCACUGAGGGUGCAGUUUCGGUAAAAGAGAAAAAUGAAGUAGAUGCCAUGAUGCUAGAGGUAUUGCCGGAGGAAGACUAUAAUGCCUUGGUGAAAUGGGUGACGAAGGAUGUAGAGGAAGUUAUCGAAGGUGGUCAUGCUGCGGCACUAAUUAUGCUUCUGUCGUCGGAACAUUUCAGUGUUCGUAAAGAGUGUUUAACCAAUAUAUCAAAGAUUGCGGCCAAACUCAAGGAAUCUUCAUUCGAAGAAAAGGAACAAGUCUGGCUUCUCCUUUGUGAGCUAGUAGAGACAUCGAAGAAGGUCAUAAAUGGAGAGCCACUUCCCACCAUCAUUUCAUCUUUUGCAUCGCACUCCGUGGCUGUACUAUGCGAUCCUCUGCACUGUCUUUACCCUAAAAUCAACAAGUUUCUUGCUCAGGGACCAACCUGGCAAAUUGACAAGAUACCUUUGAUGUACAAGGUUCUCGAGGAGUCGCCGAGUCUCGAUGAUCACCACUACUCUGAGGUCUCUUGGCUUCUUGAUUUUAUGCUUGUUGGUCUUCGAACGCCAAUGGAUAUGGGUAUAUUCCGAAAACGUAGAGUUUUUGAGAAGUUAUUCUCGUUAUACAACAAUCCAUAUAUCGCACAAGGGCUACAAGAAAAAAUUCUCAAGCUAUUGUUUCGUGCAACCACGAUUGAAGGAGGAAGUACCACACUUAUUACCAGGUUUAGUAGCAUGACUUGGGUAGAGGUGCAGGUUGCCUUAGGGGGAGGUACGCCUUUGAAGGUGUUAAUGCAAAGAAUCAUUGACUCAAGUGAUACGCAAAGAAUUGAAGGCUGGAAGAAGGGGGAGAAGGCGCAAAGUGCUGAAUAG